AUGCUCCAACAGUCAAAAGCAGGAUCAUCAUGGAAGGUACUCAUCAUGGACAAAGUUACACUAAAAGUGAUGUCCCAUUCAUGCAAAAUGGCAGAUAUCACAGACCAAGGAGUUUCGUUGGUGGAAGACCUUUUUAGAAGACGAGAGCCGCUGCCUUCAAUGGAUGCCAUAUAUUUCAUUCAACCUUCCAAGGAAAAUGUCGUCAUGUUCUUGUCUGACAUGUCUGGAAGAGAACCAUUGUACAAGAAAGCACAUGUAUACUUCAGUUCACCUGUUCCAAAAGACCUCGUAGCGCGCAUAAAAAACGACUGUAGUGUUAUACCGCGUAUUGGUGCAUUAAGAGAGAUGAAUCUGGAGUAUUUCCCGACCGACAGCCAGGGAUUCGUAACCGACCAUGAAAGAGCACUUGAAGAGCUCUUUGCUGAAAAUGCGGAAAAUUCCCGCAGAUUUGAUACGUGUUUGAAUGAAAUGGCGUUGAGAAUCGCGACUGUUUUUGCUUCACUAAAGGAAUUUCCUUUCGUGCGUUGUAAAGCUGCCAAAGGACUUGAUGCCACAACAGCCACAAGCGUCCGUGAGUUGAUCCCUAUGAAGCUGGCUUCAGCAAUUUGGAACAAUAUCUCACAUUAUAAAUCUUCCAUCCCCAAUUUUCCAUCGACAGAAACGUGUGAAUUGCUUAUAGUGGACAGAUCAGUCGAUCAGAUUGCUCCUGUCAUACAUGAAUGGACGUAUGAUGCAAUGUGUCACGAUUUGCUUGAUCUUGAUGGAAAUAAAUAUGUGCAGGAGAUCCCAAGCAAAUCAGGUGGCGAGCCUGAACGAAAGGAAGUCCUUUUGGAAGAUCACGAUCCUGUCUGGCUUGAGCUCAGGCAUGCUCAUAUAGCAGAGGCAAGCGAGAAGUUGCACGACAAAAUGACAAAUUUCGUCAACAAAAACAAAGCAGCCCAAUUACAACAGAGAAAUGGUGGUGAGUUGUCCACGAGAGAUUUGCAGAAAAUGGUUCAAGCUUUGCCACAGUACAAUGAACAGAUGGAAAAACUCUCCCUCCAUGUCCAGAUUGCAGGGAAAAUUAACAACAUCAUCAGGGAUUUGAAUCUUCGAGAUCUUGGACAAUUGGAACAGGAUCUCGUAUUUGGCGAUGCUGGUACAAAGGAAGUCAUCAAUUUUCUGAGGUCGAAGCAGGAUGGGAUGUCCGAAAAUAAAUUGCGGCUUCUGAUGAUAUACGCUGUUGUAUAUCCGGAAAAGUUUGAGGGUGACAAAGCAUUAAAGCUCAUGCAGUUGGCAAAGCUGACACGCGCGGACAUGAAAACCGUUAAGAAUAUGAAAUUGCUCGAGGGAUCGAAUACGAAAAAGGCUUCUCAUGGGGCUUUCUCUCUAAAGUUUGAUACUGCAAAGAGGAAGCAUGCGGAAAGAGUGGAUCGAACUGGAGAGGAAGAGACGUGGGCUCUAUUUAGAUUUUAUCCGAAGAUAGAGGAGUUGAUUGAAAAGUUAAGUAAAGGAGAACUGCCGAAAGACGAGUACCAAUGCAUGAACAGUUCCGGUUCUUCCAACCAGGGGACUCAAGGGAACAGUGGACCACCACCUGGCGCACCAGGUAGACCAGGCGCAACAGGUGCACCUCAUUCCAUGAGAUCAAGAAGAACCGCUACGUGGGCCCGGUCCCGAACUUCUGAUGAUGGAUAUUCAAGUGAUUCGGUCUUGAGAAGUUCAUCGAGCGAUCAUAGAAAGAUGGGGCAGCGCAUUUUCGUAUUUAUAAUUGGUGGGGCGACCCGAUCUGAGCUUCGUGUUUGCCACAAACUUACGGCAAAGUUAAGGAGGGAAGUCGUUCUUGGUACGACCAGUCUCGAUGAUCCGCCUCAGUACAUUACGAAACUCAAGCUGUUGUCCGAGAAGGAGCUUUCGAUGGAAAACAUUAAUAUUUGA